AUGCUGAGGAGCACUUUUGGUCUGUGUAGACCCUUUUCGAUGGGCCGGCCGCUUCUGAAUUCGAAAUCGCCAAUAUCAUUUGCAUCAAUUGCCAAAGCGGUGGAUCCUGCCACGAAUCCAAUGACGAACCCAAUGUCGAACGUUAUAUCACCCCAGGACGGUAACAAAGAGGUCAGCUCUCGAGUUUCCAAGAAACGCGGCGAACAUACCGUAAAGUACGUCUUAAAUUGUCUGUUCUCCAAGAAUAACACUCAUUUCACAUAUUCCGCGGUGGUAGAGGACUUGAACUUUUUGAAGAAUAAUGCAGACGCAAGCUACAACGAAAAGUUUCUCUAUUACUUGAAACUGCCCCAAAAGGUGAAAUUCAGACUUUCAACGGGAAAUCUGGGGUUCCGUAAAGCUGCUCGUGGUGAAUAUGAAGCUACUUUUCAAACCAGCGCUCGUUUGUUCCAGAUGAUGCAGCAGAAAAAGCUGCUGGACCGCAACGUGGAGAUUGUGAUAAAGGACUUUGGGAAGGGCCGUGAAGCGUUCAUUGCUGCUCUCAACGGUAAGGAAGGCACGGCCGUGCGCAGGAACGUUGUGCGUGUGUCUGAUGCUACUCCUAUCAAGUUUGGUGGUGUGAGAUCGCCAAGAAUGAGACGUUUGUGA